GGCACGCCUCCCUCCCCGCCUGCCAGUGUCACCAGCCUAGUGCCUCUGUGAGAAAGUACCAUUGUAAGAGGCCAAAGGGCAUGAUCAUUUUCCUCUUUCACCCUGUCUAGGUUGCCAGCAAAUCCCACGGGCCUCCUGACGCUGCCCCUGGGGACACAGGUCCCUUGAGUGCUGGAAGGAUGAAGGAUUCCUGCAUCACCGUGAUGACCAUGGCGCUGCUGUCUGGGUUCUUUUUCUUCGCUCCGGCCUCGAGCUACAACCUGGACGUGCGGGGCGCGCGGAGCUUCUCCCCACCGCGCGCCGGGAGGCACUUUGGAUACCGCGUCCUGCAGGUCGGAAACGGGGUCAUCGUGGGAGCUCCAGGGGAGGGGAACAGCACGGGAAGCCUCUAUCAAUGCCAGUCAGGCACAGGACACUGCCUGCCAGUCAGCCUGAGAGGUUCCAACUAUACCUCCAAGUACUUGGGAAUGACCUUGGCAACAGAUCCCACAGAUGGAAGCGUUUUGGCCUGUGACCCUGGGCUGUCUCGAACGUGUGACCAGAACACCUAUCUGAGUGGCCUGUGUUACCUCUUCCACCAGAAUCUGCAGGGUGCCAUGCUGCAGGGGCGCCCUGGUUUUCAGGAAUGUAUCAAGGGCAACGUAGACCUGGUAUUUCUGUUUGAUGGUUCGAUGAGCUUGCAGCCAGAUGAAUUUCAGAAAAUUCUGGACUUCAUGAAGGAUGUGAUGAAGAAACUCAGCAACACUUCCUACCAGUUUGCUGCUGUUCAGUUUUCCACAAGCUACAAAACGGAAUUUGAUUUCUCAGAUUAUGUUAAACAGAAGGACCCUGAUACUCUGCUGGAGCAUGUAAAGCACAUGUUGCUGUUGACCAACACCUUUGGUGCCAUCAACUAUGUCGCGACAGAGGUGUUCCGGGAGGAGCUGGGGGCCCGGCCAGAUGCCACCAAAGUGCUCAUCAUCAUCACGGAUGGGGAGGCUACUGACAGUGGCGACAUCGAUGCGGCCAAAGACAUCAUCCGCUACAUCAUCGGGAUUGGAAAGCAUUUUCAGACCAAGGAGAGUCAGGAGACACUUCACAAAUUUGCCUCAAAACCUGCGAGCGAGUUUGUAAAAAUUCUGGACACAUUUGAGAAGCUGAAAGAUCUAUUCACCGAGCUGCAGAAGAAGAUCUAUGUCAUUGAGGGUGAAAAUGCCAUCCCCAAGAUGGCAGGAUUUGGUCAGCUGGGAGCACAUGGCUGCUUUUCUCUGGAGAAGGUCUUCAGCUGUUUUGAUGCAUCUCUGCUACUAACCCAAUUCCCUGGGGCCCCUGCCCCUCUCCUGCUGGGGGUUCUUCCAGUAUCCUCUGUUCCUAACUCCACUUCCCGCACACUUUCCUCAGGUUACACCGUGACCUGGCUGCCCUCCGGGGAAAAGACUUCGUUGUUGGCCUCAGGAGCCCCUCGAUACCAGCACGUGGGCCGAGUGCUGCUGUUCCAAGAGCCACAGGGCGGAGGACGCUGGAGCCAGAUCCAGACAAUCCAUGGGACCCAGAUUGGCUCUUAUUUCGGUGGCGAGCUGUGCGGCGUCGACGUGGACCAAGAUGGGGAGACAGAGCUGCUGCUGAUUGGCGCCCCACUGUUCUACGGGGAGCAGAGAGGAGGCCGGGUGUUUAUCUACCAGAGAAAACAGUUGGGGUUUGAAGAGGUCUCAGAGCUGCAGGGGGACCCUGGCUACCCACUCGGGCGUUUUGGAGAAGCCAUCACCGCUCUGACAGACAUCAACGGCGAUGGGCUGGUGGACGUGGCUGUGGGGGCCCCUCUGGAGGAGCAGGGAGCUGUGUACAUCUUCAAUGGGAGGCAUGGGGGGCUUAGCCCCCAGUCAAGUCAGCGGAUAGAAGGGACCCAGGUGCUCUCAGGAGUUCGGUGGUUUGGACGCUCCAUCCAUGGGGUGAAGGACCUUGAAGGGGACGGCUUGGCAGACGUGGCUGUGGGGGCUGAGAGCCAGAUGAUCGUGCUGAGCUCCCGGCCCGUGGUGGAUGUGGUCACCCUGAUGUCCUUCUCUCCAGCCGAGAUCCCAGUGCAUGAAGUGGAGUGCUCCUAUUCAACAAGUAACAAGAUGAAAGAAGGUGUUAAUAUCACAAUCUGUUUCCAGAUCAAGUCUCUCAUCCCCCAGUUCCAAGGCCACCUGGUUGCCAAUCUCACUUACACUCUGCAGCUGGAUGGCCACCGGACCAGAAGACGGGGCUUGUUCCCAGGAGGGAGACAUGAACUCAGAAGGAACACAGCUGUCACCACCACCAUGUCCUGCACUGACUUCUCAUUUCAUUUCCCGGUAUGUGUUCAAGACCUCAUCUCCCCCAUCAAUGUUUCCCUGAAUUUCUCUCUUUGGGAGGAGGAAGGGACACCGAGGGACCAAAGGGCGAGCAAGGACAUACCACCCAUCCUGAGGCCCUCCCUGCACUCAGAAACCUGGGAGAUCCCUUUUGAGAAGAACUGUGGGGAGGACAAGAAGUGUGAGGCAAAUCUGAGAGUGUCCUUCUCUCCUGCAAGAUCCAGAGCCCUGCGUCUGACUGCUUUUGCCAGCCUCUCUGUGGAGCUGAGCCUGAGUAACUUGGGAGAAGAUGCUUACUGGGUCCAGCUGGACCUGCACUUCCCUCGGGGACUCUCCUUCCGCAAAGUGGAGAUGCUGAAGCCCCAUAGCCAGAUGCCUGUGAGCUGUGAGGAGCUUCCUGAAGAGUCCAAGCUUCUGUCCAGGGUGUUAUCUUGCAACGUGAGCUCUCCCAUCUUCAAAGCAGGCCACUCGGUUGCUCUGCAGAUGAUGUUUAAUACGCUGGUAAACAGCUCCUGGGGGGACUUGGUCGAGUUGCGGGCCAAUGUGACCUGUAACAAUGAGGACUCAGGCCUCCUGAAGGACAACUCGGCCACUACCAGCAUCCCCAUCCUGUACCCCAUCAACGUCCUCAUCCAGGACCAGGAAAACUCCACACUCUAUGUCAGUUUCACCCCCAAAGGCCCCAAGAUCCACCAAGUCAAGCACAUCUACCAGGGAGCUCAUGGUCUAGUGGAGAUGCAGACAUCCAAGCAGAUCCUUCGCUGUCCUGCUGGGGACGCAGAGGACUCUGUGGGAGCCCAGUAAGGGGAGCUGCCCUGUCCUUGGGGAGUCAGCGAAUCCUUCAGAGAUAAUAUUAGAGCAGAAUGUUGCAGGGUGAGGAUCCAGCCUUCCAUCCAUGACCACAACAUCCCCACCCUGGAGGCCGUGGUUGGGGUGCCACAGCCUCCCAGCGAGGGGCCCAUCACACAACAGUGGAGCGUGCAGAUGGAGCCUCCUGUGCCCUGCCACUAUGAGGAUCUGGAGUGGCUGCCGGAUACGGCUGAGCCUUGUCUCCCCGGAGCCCUGUUCCGCUGCCCUGUUGUCUUCAGGCAGGAGAUCCUCGUCCAAGUGAUCGGGACCCUGGAGCUGGUGGGAGAGAUUGAGGCCUCCUCCAUGUUCAGCCUCUGCAGCUCCCUCUCCAUCUCCUUCAACAGCAGCAGGCAUUUCCACCUCUAUGGCAGCAACGCCUCCCUGGCCCAGGUUGUCAUGAAGAUUGACGUUGUGUAUGAGAAGCAGAUGCUCUACCUCUAUGUGCUGAGUGGCAUCGGGGGGCUUCUGCUGCUGCUGCUAAUUUUCAUAGUGCUGUACAAGGUUGGUUUCUUCAAACGGAACCUGAAGGAGAAGAUGGAGGCUGGCGGAGGUGUCCCAAAUGGAAUCCCUGCAGAAGACUCUGAGCAGCCGGCGUCUGGGGAAGAGGCUGGGGAUCCGGGCUGCCUGAAACCCCUCCACGAGGAGGACUCUGAGAGUGGCGGUGGCAAGGACUGAGUCCAGGCCUGUGAUGUGCAGAGGGUCCAGAACUGAACUCAGGACGCCCAGGGCCACUCUGCCUCCGCCUGCAUUCCGCUGUGUGCUCUCGGGCGAGUCACUGCCCCUCCUUGGCCCUCAGUUUCCCUAUCUUGAACAUGCAUGGAGCUCAUGCCUGCCUGUCUCCUUUGCAGGCUCAUAGGGAGGACCUGCUGAGGGACCAGCCAGGAGGGCUGCAAAAGUGAGGGUUUGUCAUGACCAGACGGUCCACCAGCCUUUCUUGGUUUCCUUCCUUGGAAGAGAAUGUCUGAUCUAAAUGUGGAGAAACUGUAGUCUCAGGACCUAGGGAUGUUCUGGCCCUCACACCUUCCCUGAGAUGUCCACAGAUGCCUCCCCCUCCGCAGAACCUCUCCCUGCCCACUCCCCUGCACUGGAGUCCAGUCUCUUCUGCUGGCAGAGAGCAAAUGUGACCUGUCUCACUACAUGACUGCGGCACAUGCCUUGCUCUUGGCCAAAGACCAAAUUCCUUGGCAUGCCUUUCAGCACCCUGCAAAAUGAGACCUUUGUGGCCUUCCCCAACCUAUUCUAGAGCCAUGCUGCCUCCUUGUCGAAGCUCCAGUGACACCAGCCUUUCUCCCAGGCUAGGCUCCUUCCUGUCUUCCUGCAUUCACCCAGACGGCUCCCUCUGUCUGAACCUUCCACCUGGCCACCCCUCCUUCCUCGGCUGGCAGAUCCUAGCUCACAUGUCAGACUCGGUUGGGUCCCCACGUCUUUCACACUUCCUCCAGCCUGCACUACUCCUUCAAAGCAUACGUCUUGUUUCUUCAUCCAGCAGCCUGGAUGUUUUUCCCUGUUUAAUGAUUGACAUACUUAGCAGCUAUCUUUCAGUGAACUCUGAGGGUAAAGGUCAUAUUUGUCUUGUUCACCUUGGGAUGCCUCGUGAUAUGUCAGGGCGUGGGACAUCUAGUAGGUGCUUGACACAAUUUCAUUGAAUUAAUGACAAAGCCUGUGGGAAGAUACAGAAAAAGAGGGGAUGGACUGGGCGUGGUGGUUCAUGCCUGUAAUCCCAGCACUUUGGGAGGCCAAGGAGGGUGGAUCACCUGAGGUCAGGUAAAGACCAGCCUGGCAAAAUCCCGUUUCUACUAAAAAUACAAAAGCCAGGCGUGGUGGCACACGCCUGUAGUUCCAGCUACUCAAGAGGCUGAGGUAGGAGAAUCGCUUGAACCCGGGAGGUGAAGGUUGUGGUGAGCCAAGAUUGUGCCAUUAUACUCCAGCCUGGGCAGCAACAGAGCGAGACUCCGUCUGGAGGAAAAAAUAAAAAGAGGGCACGGGCCUGUGACAUCCCCAUCCUUGGAGGCCGUCUUCCCAGGCUCUGCCCCUGCCCUGGCUCCACACCCUCUCCCAGGACCCAUCACACCUGUGCAAUGGCUCCCACAGAAAGACUGAGCUCAAAGUGGGAACCACGUCUGCUCACUUGGAGCCCCAGUGCCAAGCACUGUGCCUGCGUGUAUUUAUCCAAUAAAUGUGAAAUUCUGUCCA